GGCAGAGCGGGGAGCCCAGUGAGGGGACAGCUCUGCUCCCCGCAGCCCAGUGCCUCCCGCCGGGGACUGUCUUGCCAGGCCAUGCCUCCGUGGGCCGCCGUCCUCGCGCUGCUGCUGGCGGCGUUCGCCCUUCUCCUCCUCCUGCGCCCCUGGAAGCGCGCCGUCGGAGCGCGAACCUCCGUUCGGGACCACGAGGAGCCGGAGGUGGUGAGCAGAGGCCCCGCGGAUCAGUUCAGCGACCGGCGGGAACCGUUACCCGGGGGCUGCAGCCUCAUUUGCAAGCCGUCUGCAUUGGCCCAGUGCCUGCUGCGCGUCCUGCGACGCUCGGCGGCGCUGGAACCGGGGCCGCGCUCCUGGCUGUCGGGGCCCCACCUGCAGACCUUCUGCCAUUUCAUCCUGCCGGUCGGGCCCGGGCCCGAGCUAGCCCGUGAGUACCUGCAGCUGGCAGAUGAUGGACUGGUAGCCCUGGAUUGGGUCAUAGGACCUUGUGCCAGGGGCCGCCGGGUCACCAACACUGGGAGCCUUCCUCCUGUGCUGCUGGUAAUCCCCAAUGCGUGGGGACGCCUCACUCGCAAUGUACUGGGACUCUGUCUUCUCGCCGUGGAACGCGGCUACUACCCAGUCAUCUUCCACCGCCGCGGCCACCACGGCUGUCCGCUAGUCAGUCCCCGACUACAGUCUUUUGGGGACCCAUCCGACCUCAAGGAGGCGGUGACUUACAUACGCUUCCGACACCCAGCGGCGCCCCUGUUCGCGGUGAGCGAGGGCUCGGGGUCCGCGUUGUUACUGUCCUACUUGGGGGAGUGUGGCUCCUCCAGUUACGUGACCGGCGCUGCCUGCAUCUCGCCGGUUCUACGCUGUCGUGAGUGGUUCGAGGCUGGCUUGCCUUGGCUCUAUGAGCGUGGGUUCUUGCUACACCAGAAAAUCGCUCUCAGCAGGUAUGCCUCGGCGCUGGAGGACACAGUUGACACCAACAAGCUGUUCAGGAGCAGCUCCCUGCGAGAGUUUGAGGAGACCCUGUUCUGCCACACUAAGAGUUUCCCCAUCAGCUGGGACACAUACUGGGACCUCAAUGACCCUCUGCGGGACGUGGACGAGGCCGCCGUGCCCGUGCUGUGUAUCUACAGUGCAGAUGACCCGGUGUGUGGACCCCCCGAGCGCACUCUGCCUGCAGAGUUGUUCCACGGCAACCCGUAUUUCUUCCUGCUGCUUAGUAGCCAGGGAGGUCACUGCGGCUUCCUGCGCCCUGAGCCCUCACCAGCAUGGAGCCACGAGGUCAUCUUGGAGUCCUUCAGGGCCCUGACGGAAUUCUUCCGGAUGGAAGAGAGGAUGAAAGGGCUGAGCAGGCGCAGGACUUCGUUUUUAGGGGGAAGGCGUCGCUGGGGAGGCCUGCAGAAGCGAGAGGUCUCCCCCUCUUCCAGUGUGGAAGAGAUCUUCAACUGGAAGCGAUCUUACACCAGGUGAGGCUUGCGGCUGGGGAAGGCCCCUGGACCGAUGAGAAAGACGCCAGGGAAGUACAGCAACAAAAGGCGUUGCGUGGGG